AUGGAGAAGUCAUCUGUUGAGAGAAACAGAGCAAGGCGCAUUGAAGCGGUUACACAUAACCGAAAAGACGUGGAUAAUGAGAUCCACACACGCAUGGUGGAUAGUGAGAUCCACACAUGCAGGCGGUUAUGGAGACGACCGGAAAAAGACAUGGUGGAUAAUGAGAUCCACACAUGCAGCGGUUAUGGAGACGACCGCAAAAAGACAUGGUGGAUAAUGAGAUCCACACAUGGAGUCGGUUACGGAGAUGGCCGGAAGAAGACGUGGAGAGAGGAUUUCACGCACGGAACGUCGAGGAGACGUGAUAGUGAUCAAAGGGAGUCACCAAGCAACAGAAGAGGAUGCUUACCUCGGAGAAAAAAUGGAGCAACAGGGGAUGUGAAGAAGACUCACAUUUAUGACGUCAAGGAGACGUUGAUGGUGAUCAAAGGAAGACACCAAAGCAACAAGAGGAUGCUUACCUCAAUCUAUGAGAAGAGGGAGCAGAAAACGGUUAGAGAUAACCGUAGAAGACGUGGAGAGGAUUCACGCGGAAGACGCUAA